AUGAAGUGCCACACGAAGAACGAGCACUGGGCGGGCUGCAUGGCGACCUGCACGCCGGGCAUCCAUCCGGGCGACCCGCCGGAGCACAGGACGCCGUGGACCUGCGACCUGGUCCUGGCUUGUGCCGGCCCUGGGGAGGACUGCAGCGCCUCCUUGUGUUGCAGUGAGCUCGGCAAGGGUUGCUACAAAAAGGAUGAAUAUUGGGCCGCUUGUAAGGAUACUUGCACGCCAGGCAUCGACAUGAACGACCCCCCCCAGUACCGCACGCCCUGGGACUGCGAGCUCCUUGGAGAUCCCGUCUGGAUAACCCAGUGCGAACCCGAGUUUCACGGCGAAACCGACGCAGCGACCCGCUUCGGCGGGGCGGCAGCAUCCUGGGCUUGCUUGUGCUUCGUCCUUAUUUUCCAUCCCGCUGGCUGGCAGUGA